AUGGCAGUUUCCAAAAGAGUAUACGUUGGAAAUGUUGUCCACGAGCAUGAUGAUAGUUUAUUUGAGCUCAAACCUCGGUUUGAGCGGUUCGGACGCUGUUUGUCCGAUCAGUUCGAAAGCCACGGCCAUUUUGCAUAUAUGAACAUGGAAUUUGAAGACGAGGCCCGAUUUGCUAAGCUUAAACAAAGCUUAAACGGCGUAAGGUUCAAGGGCAAUAAGCUGAAGAUUGAUCAGGCCAAGUUGAGCUGGCAAGAUCGUUGGGAGAGCGAGCGGGAACUGGAGGGGCAAUUGGAGGAAGCGAAGCAGAAACAGCUUCUCAAGCAACAAUGGGAGCACAACAAGAAGAUUCAGAACAUCCAAAUGAGCUGGAUGGAUCGCCAGCAGAUCCUACGAGGUAGAAUGCGGACAGCACCACGGAAUAGGGCUCAGCUCAGGAACGUCACUUUCCGUGUACUGUGCGACGGCCGUUUAAAAGUGUACAAAAGCUACAAAAACAAGCUGUGGGGCUACGAGCGUCACAAGCAACCGCGUGAUCUUACGGCUCGAUUCACUGACAGUCGUUAUUGGAGAGAUGGUAAUGACCACAUCGUGGACAAGCUCGACUACUCCCACUCUUCGCUAUGGGGCACUCGACAAGGAUCGGAGAAAACGCAGGGAACCACUGCCACUUUUGUCACUGAAGAUUUGGAGGGCGCUGUUGACAAGACCCGCGACGUUUUGGCUGAUUUGUUGGGUGACUAUGAUUUUGAAAAACCAAUUGCUCUCGAAGACAACGAUGACGAAAAUGCUUCUUCAGAUUACGAGUAUACUGCCUUAUAUCGCGAUCAAGAGGCUGAGCAAAAGCCCUCCUCCAAAAGCUCAGAAGCGGAGGUACCGAAACAUGUCAAAGCAAGUAAUGGACAAGAAAUAGUCGAGCAAGAAGUUGAGCAAGAUUCAGAUGAUGAGUUCAUACCCACAUUUGGUGCUCAGCCGGAAACCCCCGCUGUCACAAAUCCUACUGAGGAACUGAGGUCUUUAUUGAACCCAGAUGAGAACGACACGACUUCGUUCAAACUUACAAAUAUCUCUAAUGAGGACAUCGAUGAAAGCAAAGUAGCGCCAGAGGUUCACGAUACAGAAACUACUACUUACGAUCUUGAAAGACCAAGUACGGAUUCUGACAGGGGGUUAUUUUUCCCACACUUUUCAUCGCCUUUCUUGCAUUCUCAAUCGCAGUUGGCCAAACUCAAAUCUUCGAAGGACCAAGCUAGCUUGUAUGCUGACUGGGAAAGUAACUUCUGGGAAAAUCGUGCUGCUUGGACCCAAGAAAUGAAACGAAAGAAGAGAGAUGCCUUGAGGCAAUAUCGUAAAAAGAACUCGAGAUCAAGAGGUGAGGGGAUACUGCUGUAG